AUGGAUAUAAAUUAAUUGAUGAAUAAUCAAUAAGGCAACUCAUUUGACAUUAGUGAGGUCCCAAUUAAUUAAACGCAAAGAAUGAAAAAUUAGGCAAUGUAGUUAGAAUAGUAGCAAUAGCAAUUGUAGUUACUUGAUUAUUAAAAAAAUUAAGAUUAGUUUGCUGAAAAUUAUGUGAACUAAAAUAAUAUUUAAAUGAUACAAAAUCUUCCAGAUUAGCCUAUCAUUCCAGAAAAUUUUGUGAAUCAAGUAAAUUAAAAUAUUUAACCAAGGUUUAUGUCUCAAAAUGCUAACUUAUAAUAACAUAAUUUUAAAUCAUACUCCUCAUAAAAGUUUAAUUUUGCUUAGCAAAGUGCUCCCUUUAAUUUUGUGAGAAAUCCAAUUGAAUAAUAAUAAAUGUAAAUGCAAAAUGCUUACCCAAAUAUGAUAUACUAGAAUUAUUAGGUUCAAUAGCCUUAGGAAUAUGGAUACCUUAUAUGUAGAUAGCACGAUAAUUCUAAAGUGACCUUUAUUUGUUUCUGUACAAAUUGUUAGGAGUAUAGCAGAUUCGUUUGUUCAUAAUGCAUAAAAAGAAAAUAUCAUUCAUAGCACCUGGAUUAAUUAAUGCCUAUUGAGGAGCUUUAAAGUUUAAACGAUGAAGAUUUCUUACAUUAAGUUGGUACUGUAGAUUCACAAUUAGAAGAAAUCAAAAAAAAAGGUGAAUCAUUUUAUGAUGAAAAUCUAGAAGACAUAGAACACUAACUAGGAAUUUUAGAAAAUGAUUUUAAUUAAAUGUUUAAAUAAACGCGUAAAAACAUUCUCGUACAAAUCUCAGAAAAUAACAGUAAUUAGAGUGAAGAAAUGUCUAAAUCGCUCCAUAAAAUUUAAGAAAUGUAUUGCUGUGGUAAAUUAAAGAAGAAUAUUUCAGAAUUUAUAGAGAGUCAUUAACUUCAAGACUAAAGGAUUAAGCUAGAAGAUGUUAUAAAAAGCUAUGCCACAAUCUACAAUUCUAAUUAAUUAUUAGAAGAUUUGCUGCCUAAAAAGAAGUUGUAGGUUAAUAUUGGUAAAUUAGAAUAGGUAAACUAAAAACUCUCAGAAGCAAUAGCUAUAAUGUCUGAAGUCACAACUUCUUUGAAUGAAAUAUAAUUAAAGUUUUAACCAUCUUGCUUUGGAGAUUCUAACUAAUAUUUAAGAAUCCAGAAUAAUGGAUUGACAAUAAAAAGCUUGACUUAGGAUAUCGCAGUAGCUUUUACUUAGAAAGCACUAGUCCCCAGUCAAACAUAUAACAUCUAAAUUAAAGUCUUAGAAGGGGAUAUUUCAACUCACAUUUGUUGGGGAGUUUUACUAGUUAAAGAAAAGUAUGUUAAAGACACUCAAAAUUUGGUUUGGCUUACCUCUGAAAAGGGUGUAUUUUGUUGCUUUGAUGGUGAUUGUAACCAAACACCUAACUCUCUUAAGUCAGAAACCGAAGUUUCAUAGAAACUUGAGUGCCCAGAAUUCAGUAUUGCUUUCAAUUAGCAAAAUAAAAUAUUUAAAAUUGUGAGUAAAAAUUAGAAAUUUAACUAUACACUAAAAGAUUCUAAACAUAUUAUUGAAAAUGAAAAAUACUACUUAGGUCUUGCUCUUUUUAAGGAUUUAAAAAUAAGCAUAAAGGUUGAUUUAUGA